UCUUCGACAAGAGACGGAAGGUCUGACGUGAUAGGAAGGACUGAUGCACCGGAUGAGGUUUUGAGCCCGUAUCCAUUGAAGUCGGCAGGACCAUUGCCACCGACUUCGGUUGGGUCAGGGUUGGCCCUUUGUGUGCAACAGCUCAGUGUAGGCAGUCUGGUGUGGCCCGGUCCUGAGUCGUCGGAAAGUUUAUUUCCAAAGUGCAAUUUAUUUCCAAAGCCUCCUCGCUUGGGCGGGUUCAGGCAGACCGGGGUUUUGUGGACGAAUUGGAGGAAGGGGAGAGCAUCGGCCUUAUGGGUGGCAGGGAGCGCGGAGAGCGUGGAGCGCCUGGCGGAAUAAGCAGGCAAGAGGAUGCUUGAAUCUGAAUGGGAGAAAGCUGGCUUUGGGGACAUGAGGGGAGCCCACACGCCCCUUCGGUGCCAGGAUGCUGGGUGUCAAUCUAAUACAUUGCUCACCACAAGCUGAGGACUCUGUGACCCGUUUCCUCACCCACAGCGGGUACUUUACACUGGGUAUCACAGUCUUCAACAGCCAGCUUUCAUUUUCUUCAUAAACAAGCCCACUGCUUUCCAUUCAGCAAAGCAGGAAGCUCUGAGACUCAGGAGCUCUUGCCCCUGCACGCGCCCAGACUGCGCAGAUGUUGCCCUUGGCUCUUGGCUGCUUGUGGCUCCUCCUGCAAAGACUGGCAGUGGCAGCAGUGUCCAUGGACAGCCAGUGUGGGGCAGCAGCAGUCCUCCCUUGCCCCCCUGCUGCCAAAGGGAUGCAGAACUUCUGGGCCAGUGGCUGGUACAAGGUCGUCAACAACAGUCAGGAAACGGGGCUGAUUCGGAACCUCAAGAACCGGACGAUGGUGUAUGACAAGAUCCAGCGGCAGUUCCUGAUGGACGAGCAGCAGUCGCUGGUCAUUCCUAAGGUCCGGCCAGAGGACGCUGGCACUUAUCGCUGCUCCCUGUGGGCCAAUGUGGGACAUUUCAAUCAGCAGGCAGACGUCAUCCUGCGGGUGUCAGACUGUUCAGCGCCCUGGCUGGGCACUUCGCCCACGGGGAUGUCACCGCGGGGUCCUGAGCGAGAGGGCAGCGCAAGCCCCAACUCCACCUGCUGCCGGGAGCCACUGAUUCCUGUCCUUGCUGCUGUCCUGGGGCUGCUGGCCUUCAAUGUGGGGAAGGGGCUGCUCAGCAUCAUCCUCAUCCUGGUGAUCAGGGUCAGCCUCAAAUUCAAGCGAAGGAGAAAACAAGUGCGAAACCUCUGAGGGAGAAGCAUGGAGCAGACAGAAGCAGACAGAUGUGCCUUGGAGCCAAGGAGGAGGGGAGGGCAUGGAGCCAGGAAUGGCCACGGUGGCAGCACCAUGUGUCAGGGCAGAGCUCCACACAGACACGUCGCUUUAAAGGGCUUGCAGCAGCCGGCUCCGUGGAGCCUGUGUUCCCAGCACCAUGCCCAUCCUCUCUGUCCCCUGCUGCCUUGCUGUUCAAUACACCCUCAUGCUGCGCCUCGUUGCUACCUUAGACUGUGAGCUCACAUGGGCAGGGACAGUCUUUUCCUCUGUUUGGGCCCAGCUCAGCCCACUGAGCCUCUGGGUUGCUGCAACGCACAUAAUAAAUAACAGCCAUAACAGCACUGUGGGUAACAGCCUUUCCUGGGGCGCUGCGGUCCAAGCAGCUCCCUGAGUGCAGCCAUUUGGAUGAGGCCGUUUCUGUCUUGCUCUCGUUCCCAGAGCCAGCUGAGCCUUCGAUUCUCACUCCAAGUCAAUCUGCUGUGCCUCUGGCUGGAGGGCAGCAGCAAGAGGCUGGUGCCUAUGUAGCAUUGCACAGAGUCCAAGCUCCCCUCUCCUCUGGUCAUGAGGCUGGGACAAAUCAGUGCUGCUGCAGGAAAGAGGUGGAGGUGGGUGGACAUGGGGCCACACAGACAUU